GACAUACAGGUUCCGAAAGGGAAAGUACAAAAUCCCCAUGUUGCAAUAAUUGGAGAUUUCUAAGGUCAAGACGAUUAUAAUGUAACAACAUGACAGAGAUCUUGAACUUGGGUCUGUUCUACCUUGAUAAAGCCGUAACACAGCUAGGUUAUCCCAGAAAAGAGGUGGAAAAGGCUGCAGGCGAGGUGAGACAGGAAGUCACGUCUAAAGCAAAGGAAGUCAUGGCCCUGCACGGAUCAAGGUUUUUCCUGAGAAUCGGUGGACUGUCCGGUGCCGUGGCAGUAUCAAUGGCUGCGUAUGGAGCUCAUGCCUUUAAAGUUGAAGAUGAAAAGGGAGAGCAAUUGAAAAAGAUUUUUGAUACUGGGAGCAAAAUGCAUUUGGUGCAUUCUGCAGCCCUAGUGUGCUCUCCUCUGUGUAACAGACCAUACCUGACUGGCAGUUUGUUGACCCUGGGGAUCAUCCUGUUUUCCGGUAGUUGUUAUGUCCAUGCUUUAACAGGAAAUACAAAAAUCCGAUACAUUACACCCUAUGGAGGAUUUGCUCUCAUUUUUGCUUGGUUAAGCAUGUUGUUAUAAUGAGAAACAUCAAACAGACUGGGUUGAUUUUCGAACAUGUUGAAGACAAAGAAAGUUGUGAUAAAUUUUAUAUGAAUUAUUCAUAUUCUAUAAUUUUAAAAUCAUGUGUAAGAAACAUUUUUGUAUUGCUUUGAGUUCUCUGUUUUGAAACUUGAGACCAAAAUUUGUCUUAUGACACACAAUAAAGUACUGAAAGUACUGAUAAAA